AUGUCUGACGGAGAUCCUUCUCUUGAAGAAGAUAUCCCGAAGCCUUUGUUAGAGAGGCCUGAAGAAAAUGUUUUUACCCCAAAGAUAGCGACUCCUAUAUUUGCCGGUUCCGUAAAAUUACAUCACAAGCCAUCCGACACGGCAGAAACAGAGUCCUUCUUAUCAGAUGCACAACGCAAUGAACUUGCGUUCGAACAGCUAUUCCAGGAUGGAGAUGGUGCAUUUCACGAAACGGAGAAAGCGGCGGAAGGGAGGAUCGCCGACUUGCAUGCUAUGUCGGUGUUGAGUACGUACCAGGACAAUCUAUCUCAGGAUAUGAACACUGAUAGG